CACAUGCUAUUGUGAAGUUGGAAUUCCGUACUCGUUAGAAGAAGCAGAAAAAUAUCAAAUUUGCACAAAAUAGAUUUUAAUUGUGUGUAAAGUUAACAUAAAUCUUACAGCUUUCUACUCCGCUUUAAUAUAUAAUAAACUAUAAUGGCUUUGCGUUGGGGUAUUGCAUCUGCUGGUAAAAUUAGCCACGAUUUUGCCGUUGGUUUGAGCACACUGCCAGCGAGUGAUCACAAACUUGUCGCCAUAGCGGCACGUCAAAAGGAUCGUGCGGAAGAAUUCGCCAAGACACAUGACAUCCCAAAUGCAUUUGGUAGUUACAAGGAAUUGGCUCAAUUUGCUGAUGUUGAUGUUGUCUAUGUUGGUGCCUUGAAUCCACAGCACUUGGAAAUUGCUUCGCUCUUUCUCGAACAUGGCAAACAUGUUUUGUGCGAGAAACCGUUAUGCAUGAAUUACAAGCAAGCCAAGCAACUGACUGAUCUUGCCAAAAGCAAAAAGCUUUUCCUUAUGGAAGCAAUCUGGUCGCGUUUCUUCCCUGCCUAUCAGUACACACGCCAGCAAAUCAAAAACGGCGCCUUGGGUGAAAUUAAAGAAGUGGAAGUUGCAUUCGGCUUCGACUUGAGUGGUGUUGAUCGUUUAACUAAGAAAGAUUUGGGUGGUGGCGUCGUGCUGGAUUUGGGUGUUUAUACCAUUCAAGCAUCACAAUGGGGCUUCCAAGAAGCACCAGAAAAGGUCAUUGCCAAGGGAGAACUCAACGAAGAUGGCGUGGAUAAAUAUGUUGAAGCCGAAUUACAAUAUUCGGGUGGACGCGUUGGCAAACUGACUUUCGGCGCCAAGGAAGAGCUGGCGAACAGAGCUAUCUUCAAGGGCACUAAAGGCCAAAUUACGAUCCAUAACUUCUGGUCUCCCACAAAAAUUGUUGACGUCGAUGGUCAAGAAAAGGAAUGGCCACUACCAAAGGCUAAACUUACUACAAAUUAUAGAAAUUCUGAAGGUUUGAGCUAUGAAGCCGAGGCCACACGUAAAACCAUUCUAAGCGGUAAAAUCGAAAACGAGUUUGUUACACAUAACGACAGUUUGAUUAUUGCCAAAGUACAGGAUGACAUCAGACGUCAAAUCGGUGUAGUCUUCCCCGAAGAUCAAUAAUGACGUAAAUGAAUUUAUUUUAUACUCAUGUAUAUACAUUUUUAUAUAAGCAAUGUCUUUGAGACAAACAAAAAAAUGUAAAGUGCUUUAAUUAGUUUACCGUUUUUGCACGUAAUAAACAAAGAUGCUUGGCAUUCAAUUACCUGCUGCUAAAAACA